ACAACCAAAACACAAAGAGGGUAUAUAGAAGGAGAUAACUUUUUUGUCUCUGACUUCAACUGUGAAAAAAGAAGUUCAUUUCAUCAUCAAUCAUCUCACACAUUCAUAUCUAGCAAUUUAAGAUGGCUUCAUCAAAUAGGCACUGGCCAAGUAUGUUCAAAUCCAAAUCCACUUACACCACUCCUCAAGAUCAACAAUGGCAGUCACAUGGUUCCAACCACAGAUCAUCUCCUUACACCUCUGGAUGUGAUCAAAGAAACCCUGAACCAAAGCCAAGAUGGAAUCCGAGACCCGAGCAAAUCGGGAUACUGGAAUCAAUUUUCAACUCCGGAUUAGUGAAUCCUCCAAGGGAUGAAAUCAGAAGAAUCCGAGCUCGAUUACAAGAGUAUGGACAAGUCGGUGACGCCAACGUCUUCUACUGGUUCCAGAACCGGAAAUCUAGGAGCAAAUACAAGAACCGCCAACUCCAAAAAUCACAAAACCACCAAUCCUCGCCGCUCUAUGGGGGUAUCAUGGCGGCCGCAACCACCUCCUCUUCGUCCUCCUCUGGAAAGUCGUCGUCCAAGUCAGUUGAGUUCUUUUUGAACUCCCCUACUGCUUCGGUUAACCAACAACCGCAAGCCUGUGUAGGUGAAGGUGGGGGGAAUUCCCUCCACCAGCACCACGGGGAGUUCUUUCAAGAUUCAUUCUUAUUUCCCGUGGUGCAACAAAAGCCUGUAGCACCUAGUGCGGCAAGUUUUGCACAAGGAUUUUGCUUUCCCGAGCCUGGGACUAUGAUUGAUCAAGUAAAUCACCACAUGAAUGAUGACCAUACUGUUGUGAGUAGAUGUGGGAUGCUGCCAACUGAUUUGAUGAUGAAUCAUCAAUAUGGAAUCCAAUCUAAGAAUUCUAGAGGCAAGGAUGUUGAAGAAGAGAAUAGUAUAAAAAUGUUGAGUCACAAUACAACAACAACAACAACGCCUCUUUCGCCUCUAGCUGUUCCUACUCUAAUUGUCCCUCCUGCUCCUACAACUAUUGUUCCAUCAACUCUCAAUGAUCACCAAGGUGUGGAGGAAGCUGGAAGGCGAAAAUCAAUAGUGUUUGUUAAUGAUGUCCCGUAUGAGGUUGAUGUUGGACCCUUUAAUAUCAAAGAGGCCUUUGGAGAUAAUGUUGUGCUCAUAGAUUCAUCUGGGCAGACUGUGGUGACCGACGAGUGGGGGGUCACACUACAGUCUCUCCAGCACGGUGCGUUUUAUAACCUGGUGCGCUCGUCCACAUAUGAUCAUGCUGGCACCGUCGAUAAUAUGUUCUAGAGGUAAAGGAUGCACCAGGACCGGACAAGCUACAUGUUAAUCCUUCUAUAUAUUUGGAUAAUAUCCCUUUUUUAUUUUGUUAAUCUCUCAUAAGUUAAAGUAGAGUGUGAUAUGAGUUUCUAGAACUUUUGCUUAGAACAUGUAAGACCUUGUUAUAUAUAUAUAUAUUUUCUGCAUU